UCUCCUCUCGUGCGUGCGUGUCGCUCCGCGUGGAAGGCAGAACGCGUCAGGGAACAGCGGGAGUGAGAGAGAAAGAAACGCAAACGUAGGAGGAGGAACGAAGAGAAGAAACAAAUGAAGAGGCCGAGGAGGAGAUCUUCAAGUACGUUUUAACUCGGCCAAGUCAGUUGGCAUUCCGCCGCACCGACUAAUACGAUGGCUUCGUUCGAACACGGUUUCCGCAGCGAUCUCUCCACGAAAUCAAUCGGCCAAUAGUGAAUUACGCGCGCGUCCCGCACGGAUAAACGAGGAUUCAAUCUUCCAGUGGAACGUUGGCACGAUCGAGCGACGAUCCCCGUAUUUCUAUAGUGGGUGUUCGCGCGAACUUUCAUCCGCGAACGAGACACCAAUCCUCCGGAAGACUCGUAAAGUAAAUGUUACGUUGCCAUUGAAACAAACUUUUCCAUAUAACGUGACGAGAAUACGAAACUUUCGUCGAUGAAUUCGCUGGAUCGAGAAACUUUUACAACUUCUCGCGAAAGUACCGACUACGAAGGAUUUCUUUGAACAUCUUUGCUACCGCAGACAACAGGACAACGGCUGAAAAGACGAUCGAUCCAUAGAUCCAGACGAGUUCGUACGCUGGCGACUCGAGAUACGUGAAUCUUUCACGAUCCGUAGAGAAUUGAUUUUAACCAGGGUACACCGAUUCUACCGACGGAAAUUGAUAUUCGUGUAAUACAAUAAUUGGGUUGCCAGGCUUUUCUUCGUCUCGUAUAAUUUGCAUCCUCGCAUUUGACUUCCCGACGCGAAGGGUGAAGAUGCGCGUUGACCCGAGUCACCCCUUUCAAUAAGGGCUGCGGGAAUCUGAGACGAAUCGUAAAUUGAUCGUAACGACGUAACUGAAUCUCGAUCCUAACCGUCGCUAAUACGUUCAGCGAUAAAUCGUAAAAAUUUCCGCGCUGAAACGCCACCACGCGAAAGAAUCUAAGCGCAUCCGUGGUAACCGUUGGUGCACGAUAAGUGCGGCAAAAUUGAUGCACCGUCGUUCGACGAUUACUAUUCAACCAGCGCGUGAUCGUUCGAAUACAAAUGGGGAACAUGAAACAACGAGGGUAAACAGCGCGGUGGAUAAUAUUUUUGGAAAGCCAGUAAAACGUUUUUGGGAGGUCGUAAACACAUUGAGCCGCGGUCGACCGGCACGUGGCAUUCGAGACCUCUAAUUGCCCUGUCACGCUUCACCUCGGCGAUGCUUCAAUUAACGUAUUCGGAUGUAAAUUACGCGUGAAAGGCCUCCCUUAGCCCUCUUGUAUCUUCGUUCCUCCAUAAAUAAUUGUUACAUCUCGGUGAACGACACGACGGUUCCGCUGUAUCCACAGACAGCUCGUUUCCGCAGCCCCCGAAACCCGGGAAAUGUCAUUUUGUGCUUCGUCGGACACCACGAUUACGAGAUUAUCGUGCAACGUUCACCUCGGCGCCGCGAAAUAAUCGAUUUCGAGAACGUGCGAUUCCGCGAGCGCGAAGAGAUCGUGAAUCGCGUCGUUCACCAAAGGGAUAUUAAUCGACGCUUCGGUGAACAAGCCGAACAGGAGGCAAAAUGUUGUGCGCAAAUUCGGAACAAGAAGGAAACAACGGCGUGAUUGCAUCACAGAUCGCGAAUCCUCAUGCUCCGCAAGACUUCACGGUCUCGCGUCUUUUAUCGACGCCGACACAUUCGCUGGAAUGCAGCGAGAGUUCCUCGCCAGCAGCGAGCAGGAGACCUAGAAGAAGCAGGACGACUUUUUCGGCGCAACAGCUAGCUGCUUUGGAGAGGGUCUUCGAAAGGACGCACUAUCCCGACGCUUUCGUCAGGGAAGAGCUGGCAACGCGAGUGUCCUUGUCGGAAGCCAGAGUUCAGGUAUGGUUUCAGAACAGGCGUGCGAAAUUUCGUCGAAACGAAAGAAGUUCUGCUAUUAAUCGGGGCGUCUCCGCGAGCAGGGAAAUGGAAGCCGCUUUACCUUUGCGUCCCAUCAGAGUGACCCACACCCAGGAAAACAACGCGGAAGCGUUACAGACGUCGCAAACGGCUCCGUAUCCGUACAGCGAUUAUUGGAGAUCGUCGCAACAUUUCGCCUCUAUGCAAGCGACGACAACCUGCCAUGGAUUCAUCAACGGUAAUUUGGGAAACGUAAAUCUUCCCUCUUACCACCAAACAGAGAUCCAUGGUGGACUAGACGGUUCGGCGAUGAACAGUCUUAACGCGCUUAGGUUCAGAACGCACCCGUACGGAACCACGUAUUCCGCCAUGCACGCAAGCAUGUAAUCUUAUCUUUACGAAACAAGGAAAUCCAAUCGUAAGGUGCGUUUAUGCUUAUCGGUAAUACCAAAGACACUUUGUCUCGACCGAUAGCUAUUUAUCGAAUACCAAAGCUUUUUAUUUCUAUUACGUAAGAUAAUCGUGAAGCGUCGCGAGAUAAUCUAGCGUUUAAGCACAAAACACAGGGUAAAGAAAGUAACUCGUAAUGUUAUUUUGUAGAAUUGAUGUAGCUUAAUAAAUGAUAAAAAUCGUA